UAGCCUUUACAGCUCAAGUCAGCAUCCGGAUCCAGCUUGUAUCCAGCAUGGCAGGAACCUACCCGGCGGAGCCCAUGUACACGCAGCAGCCCAUGUACACCCAGCAGCCCAUGAGCACGGGCUAUGCCGACCCCUAUGGAGGCGCUCAGGUCGGCUACUCCCCGUACACGGCUUCGCCGUAUGCCAUGCCGGGUGCGAGCUCGGUGCAGGCCAUGCCAGUCACGAGCUACACCACGGGUGCUCCGGGCUCUGCUUUGGACCACUCCCAGGGCAAGUGGUUUGCUCCGGGAGAGGCUCUGCCCCCGGGCUUCAUGGUGACAGCACACCCGGAGGGCCACACCGCGCCCGCCGAGACCCACGCCAUGUCUGACAAGGCCCGUGAGAGCUUCGUCGUCACCGGCUCCUCUGCCAUGAAGACUGGCUCCGCCGCCCCAAAGACCUCUUCCAAGUCCAAGAAGAGCAAGAAGAAGAAGUCCAGCGGCUGCUGCUAAGCGAGGGCAUCGUUUUCCAGACUCUGCCAGAGGUGCCAUUAGCUCCGAGUGACCACAAUGGAUCUGCGCAGAUGCUUUUGCCAAAUGAUCGAAUCCUUUGCCAAUUCAUCCAUUUUGCCGGUGGCGCUGUGAUCUGCGAGAGUGAAGCGCCAA